UCUGGCGCCAUCUUGUGUGAAGGCAAACCUCCGCAAGCCUCUAGGAGCCGGUAGGGUCGCCCGAGGGGCGGCUUCUGACCACAUGAUGACUAACAGGCAAGUCCGGGUCCAGAAUCCUGGUAACGGGCCAGAAAGCGGAGCCCAGGUGCCUUCCAUCGCUUGAGAGCCAGCGACCCCCGCCCUAGGCUUUCAUCUUCACUAUGGCUGAGCUGAUCCAAAAGAAGCUGCAGGGAGAAGUGGAGAAAUACCAACAGCUGCAGAAGGACUUAAGUAAAUCCAUGUCAGGGAGGCAGAAGCUUGAGGCCCAGCUAACAGAAAAUAAUAUCGUGAAGGAGGAACUAGCCUUGCUGGAUGGAUCCAACGUGGUCUUUAAGCUGCUGGGACCCGUGCUUGUCAAACAGGAGCUAGGGGAGGCUCGGGCCACGGUGGGGAAGAGGCUAGACUAUAUCACAGCGGAAAUUAAGCGUUACGAAUCGCAGCUUCGGGACCUUGAGCGGCAGUCAGAGCAACAGAGGGAAACCCUUGCUCAGCUGCAACAGGAGUUCCAGCGAGCCCAGGCAGCAAAGGCUCCUGGGAAGGCCUGACCCCCAUGGAAGGGGGAGGGGAGGGAGGGGUGAGGCAGCUCCAGGGUCCCCACUAGAAUAGCCAAUAAAAUGUAAACAAAAGCAAGUCAGUCUACGGUCCUCUGAGAUAGAGUUCUUGCCGCUGGAAUCUCUGUGGCAGUUCUCGUGACUCGUUUUCCUGGUGCUGAGAACUAAACACAGGGUCUUGCUUGUGCGCCUUCAGUUUGGAGUCUGAAAUGUCUCAAGCGGUGUCUUGCCUGUUCGUGCAGCCCGUUACCUUCCCUUCCCUAAGAUGCAGUGCAGCGUGAUGUUGAGAACGUCAGCUUAGCUAUGGAACUCCGAGUUCUCAGCCUGAGAACCCGGGAUAGGACGUGGUCGCUCACUGAGCACCUGCCCACCCCCCAGCCCUAGAGCGUUGGCGUCUUCACCUGGCGUCUUUACCAUUGCUUUGAAUCUAACUUUUUUUGUUGCUUUUUGUUCUGAGAUAAGGAUUCUCUGUAUAAACCUAGCUACCCUGGAACUCACUCUGUAUACCUGGCUGGCUUCAAAAUCACAGAGACCCACCUGCCUCUGCCUCCCGAGUGCUGGGAUUAAAGGCAUGC